CGGAAACUCCGAGCAGAGAGGUCAAGCUUGCGGGGCCGCCCAUAAUGUGACGAUCGCGGAAUCUCUUCCAAAGGCUUGAUUCAGCACGUCCCACUCAGCAGGUUCGUGCCUUGUGGCUUUGUCGUCAUUGCUUGGCUACUGUGCACAAAUGUCUGAUUUGCAACUGCGGGGUUAUGGUCGAGCAAGAUCACCCAUUCCGUUCCAUUUGAACGGCAUCCUUGCCUGCCGUGCCGCUGCGACCGCGCCCUUCUGCACCGAGAGCGAAAUGCUCAAGUCGGCGUCGGGCCGUGCUCAAGAGCAAUGUGGACCCGUAUCCCAAGGAUGUGAAGGUCAAAGGAAAGGUAUGUAAAGGUCGCUUGGCGGCCUCGAACAUUUCCCGAGACCGAUCGUGACGCAGCGAUCAGCUUCUCUGCAACUGCGGAAACCCCUCUCACCUCCCAUCGAGCCCGUUCGUUACACAUCCAUCAUGUCGUCCAUUCCUCGCGAAAUGAACGCCAUCGUUAUUCGCAAAUUUGGCGGAAUCGAUGUGCUGGAGCCGGCGCAUCUACCUGUGCCCAGCGUGGGCCCCGGUCAAGUACUCGUCAAGGUUGCCUUUGCCAGCGUGGCAUCCUGGGACCCUUUCGUUCGCGAAGGCGGCUUCGCACAAGUCUUUGGCCAUGCGCCGAACUUUCCGUACAUCAUAGGAUCAGACGGAUCCGGAACGAUCGCUGCAGUGGGCAUAGGCGUCACCCAAUUUGCGGUAGGCGACCAAGUCUACUCGAUGGGCAUGGGUCACUACGCCGAGUACAUCGUCCUGGAUGCCCAGGCCGUCUCGCCGGUGCCUAAAGGCUUGCCGCUCGACCAAGCUGGUGCGAUGCCCAGCAUCGCUCUCACGGCUCUCGUUGGACUGGCAAAAGAGCUGCAGGUGCAGUCUGGACGGACGAUCGUCAUCAGUGGAGCCAGCGGCGAUACGGGUCAGGUCGCCGUACAAUUAGCCAAGCUUUUGGGAGCUCGCGUCCUCGCCAUUGCGUCGGGCGAAGAUGGCGUAGCGCUGGCUCGAGAGCUUGGAGCGGAUGCGGCCAUCGACGGCAAAACCGCUGACAUUGCCGCGGCAGUCGAGCAAUUCGCACCGGGUGGUGUCGAUGCUGCGUUGGCGCUCGUGGGAGGGGCAAGCCUGGAUGCUACCAUCGCCGGCGUUCGAAAAGGUGGACACGUGGCUUAUCCGCUGGGUGUGAUGCCAGAGCCAGAGCCUCGUCCAGACGUCCAUCUGCAACGCUACGACUUGACCAACUACAAUGAAAAUCCAGCCAUUGCUCAGCCUGCAAUGAGACAGCUCAACAAUCUCAUCCAGUCCACCUCAUUCCAAGUCAAAAUCGCUCAGAUUUUCCCGCUCAACCAAGCAGCAGCGGCUCAUCAGGCCGUCUCUGCUCGUCGCGUGGGCAAGAUCCUCCUCUCCACGGGAUAAACCUAUAUUUGCAGCCGUACACGCACUGGUUUCUGAGAUGUGUCAGCCUUGUGCCAUCCUCGGCCAUGUAUCCUAGUGCACACCUGAGGCGAAAUAUAUCGAAGUGGCGGCGAAUG